AAAAAAAAAAGGACGGCAUCUCCACAGAUAGACACGACUGCCGGAUCAUGGUGGCAGUCAAUCAAGAUGACCCUGCCAUCGCAACCACGGCCGACGUAGACGCGCAUCAUGACAUACCCCAGCAACGGCAAAUGCAACCCUCGCUCCUCGCGCGCCUCUACUAUGCCACCAAGUUGUCGGCCCUCCAGCUCGCCUACCGCCAGGGCACCUGGCUCCAGAGCUGCAAGAGCUAUUUAAGCCCGCGCGAUACGCAUCCCGACCUCGUCAAGACGUACGAGUGUCGCCCUCAUCUGCCCGUCCGCAUCUUUUUCGCACCGGGUUAUGACGGCCGUCAACCCUCCGAUCCCCUGCCGGUCCUCUUCACCAUACAUGGUGGUGGAUUCGCCGUCGGCGAACCUGCAGACGACGACGCCUGGAACCACACCUUCGCGAACCGUAACGGCGUCCUCGUAGUCGGCCUCAAUUAUUCCAAGGCGCCCACGCACCCUUUCCCGACCGGCCUGCACGACGUCCACGCCCUGUUCCGCGCCGUCCUCGCAGAUGCCGACCUCCCCAUCGACAAGACCCGGACGGCAGUAGCGGGUUUCAGCGCCGGCGGGAACUUGGCACUCGGCCUCUCGCAGCUCGACGCUGCGGCGCGGCGGAAGGAGGGGGAACAGGACCCGUCGUCAUCCUCGUGGCCUGGGCUACUACGCGCAGCGAUACCCAUCUACGCACCACUCGACCUCUCGAUCCCCACGGCAGGGAAAGCGGCGCGCCGACGGUGGAAGCAGGACGUGGCGCAGCUGCGUGGAGGGAUACGCGGCGCCGGUGUCGACCCCCUGCUCCUCAUAGCCGACGCGUUCAACUGGGGGUACGUUCCCUAUGGCACGGACCUGCGCGACCCGCUCGUCAGCCCGUUCUUCGCCGCGCGCGAGACGCUCCCUCAGCACGUGUGCGUCGUCGCGGCCGAGCUGGACUUUCUUGCGUGGGAGUCGUGGGCGUUUGCGAGCCGCCUGGCUGGGCGGCAGGUCGGUCCCGGGACCGUGGGUCGGGGAGAGUGCGGCGCACCGUCGGAGCUGGAGCUUGGGGACGAGCGGUUCGCCUGGACAGUGGAGGAGCGGAGUGCGGGAGAAGAAGAAGACGGUACGAGUAAGAAGAGCACGGGCGUAGGGUCGGUACGAUGGUUGCUGGUGCCGGAUGUGGUGCAUAGCUUCGACUUGCACGACAUGUCUACCGCGGUGUCGGACGGCGAGACGGUAAGGGAUGGGAAUGCCAAGGCCGUCAAGAUGAUUGACGAGCUGGGAACAUGGUUGGGUCGGACGGUGUGGGGGCACGCCGACCGGUGACCGGUCUCCAGGGUCGUCACAUCCGAAACCCCUGAGAUUGGUUGCUUUUUCGAUUUAUCGUGGGUAUUCGUAGUUGGCAUGUCCAUCUGAUGAGCAGAAGUCCCCAAAAUGGGCUGAUAAAGCAGGGACAGGGGUUGGUUCAUCCAUUAAUAACAGACCGGCAUAUGUAAGAGCCACUGAUUAGAAUAAAACCCACGAAGCCGAGGCCACUCUUUGGGUUUUGGCCGAAACCAGCCACGGGAGGUUGUAGACAGGAAGAGGCUAAAAAAUAAAAAAUAAAAAUAGAAAAAACCCUUAACACAUUGCGAAAUACCAAACUCUCGACAAGUAGCAAGGCGAAGGGGCCGAAUGUGUGAAAGGAAC